AUGGGUGGGCGAACUGAUCAGCAGUGCAUGGGACGCUGGCGUCGGCACCUCGAUCCCGACGUCACGCGUGGGGCCUGGGACGCCGCAGAAGACGCGUGCCUGCGUGCGCUCUACGACGAGUAUGGACCGAAAUGGUCGUUAAUUUGCCAACGCGUUCCGGGUCGAACCGCGCAGCAAUCUCGCGCGAGGUGGUUUCAACUCGAAGGAGGCACCGGUGAACAUCGUUACGUUCAGCGUGAGCGUAAGAUCAAGGAUCAGACGUACGAUGAGUAUGAGAAAUUGGAAGAACGAAAGAUGGCGACGCUGUCGCCGGCGCCGCUCGAGAUGGGUCAACCGUUUCGAAAAAUUUUGGAAGACGUCGACGCUCGUUCGGAGAUACGGCACUUUGGACUCUCCAAGGGAUCGACGCUCGCGAGCGCGCUCGAAAGAAGGCACCCACGACCGGCCACGACGGCGAUGGAUUCGGUAUCGCUGUGGCGAGACGUGGGCGAAACGCUCGCAAAACGAGGCACCUUGGCAUCACAAGUCAACCGCAAGCGACUCAGGGAUUCUGAAGAAGUGCGCAAACGACAACCCGUUGUACACGAGCGAUUGGAGAUACCGCAAGUCGAUCGUCGAUUGAGGACUUCGACGUCCGUAGAGGAGGACAAACUGAGUGUGUUGCUCGGCGUCGCGCUCGGCGGGCGUCGCAGCAGCGGCGGCGGUGACGGCAGCGGCAGCGGCGCAGCGUGA